AUGGCGUUACCGACUCUUCAAUCUGUGGCUGAUUGCGCUGAUUUCACGCAGGCUGCUCUCCCUUUCCUUCACCAGCUUUCCUCUUUGCCUACGAGAGUGGUGGAGGCUGGUCUCAACGUCGAUACACUGCGAGAAGUUUACCUAUCAACAAACCCGCUUGUUAUAGCAUUUGGGUUCUCUCUAUUUCUUGUCCUGGCUUUUGUACUUAUCUCUGAAAUCAACCGAAACUAUUCUCAAGUUGAUCGAUUGUGGAGCAUUUUACCCUCCAUUUACAAUGGACAUUUCGCCCUUUGGUGCCGGCUGAAAGGCCUUGCCACAACUGAAAUCAACACCAUCUUUAUUAUUACAUUGAUAUGGAGUGGCCGCCUUACUUUUAACUAUUGGAGAAAAGGAGGCUAUUCCAUCGGUUCUGAAGACUAUCGCUGGGAUGCCGUUCGAAAAAUGGUGAACAGUCCUGCCUUAUUUUUCCUAUUCAAUGUCCUCUUCAUCAGUCUCACUCAAUCGGUCCUCCUAUUCCUCAUUACCGUACCUACUUAUAUAUUUGUCCUUAUCGGUACCCUUCGCGAUGCGCCCAGUUUCGGGCUGCCUGAUCUUAUAUUUUCUCGGUUCCUCCUGUUUCUUAUAUUAAUCGAACACUUCGCCGAUCAGCAACAGUGGAAAUUCCAGCAGGCCAAGAAACAAUACCAGAAGACCGCCCGCGUUCCAGCAGAGUAUAAGGAUAUUUUUACGAGUGAUGACUUGGACCGCGGGUUUGUAGUAUCCGGCCUUUGGGCGUGGUGCAGACACCCGAAUUUUGUUGCUGAGCAAGCAAUUUGGGUUACACUGUACCUAUGGUCCGCUUACCGAGCGGAAUCAUACUUCAACUGGAGCGGAGUGGGUGCUUUUUGCCUUCUCCUACUAUUCCAAAGCAGCACCAAUCUAACUGAAAGCAUCACGGCGAGCAAAUAUCCUGAUUACAAGCAGUAUCAAGCUCGAGUAGGGAAAUUCAUCCCACGCUUCAGUGUCGAGCCUUGA